UCUUUCAAAAAGGGUUUUCCUUCCUUUUUUCGCCGCAUUAAGUCGUAUCUUUUUCUUUCUCUUUUCUUUCUUUUCUCCUCCCUCUCGCUCACCCUUUCUUCCAAAAAACCGUCUUCCCUUUUUUUUCCACUGCUACAUCUCUUUUUCACUCAUGUACAAACCCUUUCUCUCUCUCUCACUCACCCACCCUUUCUUCCAACUAUCCCAGCCACGUUGCACCGUUCUCCUCCCUCCCAGACCCCCUUUUUUCCCUCGUACACUCGCGCCUCUCCCUUCUCUCUCCAUUCACCCGCAAGUCCCUCUCUCUCUCUUUUUCUCUCUGAUGACGAUGGAAGGGACGGUGGAGGAGGGAAUGGAAAGCGAGCGCAGCUGGGGGGUUGGAACGGUUGGAUCCGCUCAGUAGGUAUCGCGACGCGCUGCCGGCCGUAGCGCGCACUCUCCUGGCCCUCGAACUGGGUCACAAGCCCUCCGGACGAGGCACCGAGCGGAGCACACCGGGGCCAGUUGCGCGCCACGCAACACACGCGACACGCUCCCUCGUUACUCCCCUUCCCCUUUUUUUUAUCAUUAUUAUUAUCAUUAUACAGAGAGACGAGGAGACGCUUCGUUUCUCGUUCUCCUGUAUACGGGAAGUAUAUACGUGUUUUAUCCUCGUUCGUGUUCUCUCGGUUCGUAGAGUGAUAUAUGUAUGUAUGUAUUGGAAACGAGAGGGAUUAAAGGGUGGCAAGAUCGAUAAAUGGUCGAGAUAUUCAUGAAAAUAUCCUUGUUUCGAGAUUCGCCACGAUGUGUAAUCACCUGUUCUUAUUUUGGUGAUAAUUAAGUUAAAUUCAGUGGGGGAAAAAGGUCAAAAGGGUGAAAAAUAAAAAAAAGAAAGAAAGAAAAAAUGAGAAAUUCAAAGACUCAAAAAGUGAUUUUUUUGAGAGAAUAGAUUGAUCGUGAAUUAUGACGUUGUGACGUGUGAUUUUGUGACGUGUUGGGUUUUUGGAAGAAUUCUAGCAUUCGUUGCUGGUGAUCUACACAGAAAGUGUGUUUUAUGUUUUUGAAACUGAAUCGACGAAUCGUUGAUGUGCAGUGUCGCGAUCGAGAAACGAUCGCCAGUGAUCGGUGAAGUUUGAAAGUUGUUCCUCGAGUAUAGUGUAAAAAUCUUAGUUGGAGAAUCGAAGAUCAUCCCUUUGACUGGGAGAACGGCGUUGGUCUUCGGUAUGAAGGGGUGUGUUCCAUAUUCCUGCGUGUAUUCCUGAUCGAAGUAGAUUCCUACGAGUGAACCCAGACUUUCGACUCGCGACUCGAAGCGUAUCGAUAUCGUCGCCUCGCGGCCAACCACAUACAGGAAAGUGUCCUCUCGACUGGAGGAGAAGCGCAAGUACUCGGCAUGAAGGACGCGAAUUGGCCGGUGUUGAUCUGCGUUUUAACGGCGACCACGGUGCUCUCCUGCCGGCAAAGCGAGUUCCAAUGCGGGAACGGGCGGUGCAUCGCUCUGAACAAAGCGUGCAACGCUGUCAACGACUGCGGAGACGGCAGCGACGAGCCACGACAGUGUUCUCCGUGCAAUAAAACAUAUUAUGGCGACGUGGGCAAGACCUACGAUUUGGAGCUCCAUCGACCUAAGGAGGAUAAGGUGCCUUACAUUUGCAAACUCACCUUUAGCGCACCGGGUGGCGAUCUUGGAGACAUCGUUCAGUUGACGUUCGACAGCUUCACCCUGGGGAAAUUUGUGUCGUUCACUGCUGAGGGGUGUCCGGACGGUUCGCUCCAGAUUUCGGAGGCCCAACGACCGGACGUGGGCGGCCUCUGGUGCGGUACGUCCUGGGGGCCCGCGAUUUACUACAGCGAGACCCAGACUGUCUCCAUCACCCUCAAGCUGCUCAGGCUCAGCAAGGAUCAGACGGGAUUCAAUUUCGACUUCAGGAUGGCGUACAAGAUGAUCAGGAAAUCGGACGCCGUGGUACGUUAUGGCAAUCCUUUCGUAGGAAUAACGCAGGCGACAGGUACGCCAGCGUCGACAGAAACAACAUUAUCAACGUCCUCGAGCGAUUACAUGAACAGCUCGAUGGCGAUGCCAGUGCAGAUGGUGGAGCAACCAUCUGAAACGACGAAACCGAGUACCGAGCAAUACCUGGGAGAUCUGAUAUCGGGCACCUACUGUUCCCGCAUAUUCAGCGACUGCGACCGGAAAAAGUGCAGGCUCCAGUCGCCCAACUUUCCAGGAUUAUAUCCGCGCAAUCUCACCUGCUACUACGCAGUGAGGCAGCACGAUGUGCCACCUGGAAAACACGCGUUAAUUUCGGUGAAACAGCCACGUGGCCAAUUGGUGGCCAUAAGAGCGAGGCCAGCGGCGACCCAAGCAGAAUCGUCACCCCGUGAACUUCGUUUAUGGAACGAUUGCGACGUGGUUCAGGAUUACGUGACAGUGUACGAUGGUUACACGACUCGAGAUCCGGUGAUCCUGAAAUUUUGCGGAGGAGGCGAACCAGUGCCGGAAGCGACCAGUAGCGGAACCGAAAUCUUGGUCGAGUUCACCACGUCUCCUUAUGGCACGUUUCUACAUCCUACGCCACCGCACUCGCUCCACGGUUUUCAAUUAGAAGUGCAAGUGAAGUUUGUGGACGCAGACUCGCCAACAUACGCGAAGAACAAACACUGCGAGUUCUGGUUGCAGGGGAGUGGGGGCGGAGUGCUCGCUUCCCCGCGCCACUCUUUGCCACGCAACAGCACGUGUCUGUAUCAUCUACGUGGCGCUGGCCCAGCACUUCCUAGCCCAACGCCGCCGCGUCCUUUGCCCAAGUUUCCGGAACAGAGGCCGGGUACUGUGUGGAGGAGACCUGCACCACGAGCACCGCAGCCACAGUUCCGCGUCUGGCUGUCCAUUCUCAAGUUCCACGUGGGCACGAGCUUGUCCACCGGCGACGAGGAUUGUUCCACCACGCUCAUGGUCUGGGAUGGAGAAAUGAUGCCUUUGUCCGAAUGCUACGAUCCCACUUGCGAGAAGGAGCAUCAACGUCACGGUGACAGAUCCGGUGCAGACCCACCUCAUCCUCUGGCAGCUCGCCCCGCUGGAAACACUACGUUAUUGGCGCGAUAUUGUAAGGACAAAGUGCCAAGGACUUGCGAUCACGCGAUCCUGCAAAAUACUAGCCGUCCAUGCUCCUUGGGCGAGAGCUUCGUGUCGAGUGGAAGCACCCUAACCAUCGAGAUGAGAAUGGUCGAAUCGACGGCUCUCAGGCCGGUGAAUUUUCGCGCCCUCUACGAGUUCGUGGACCUUCACCAGGAUGGGGAUCCGUAUGGAAGCGGGCCGUGUUCGAGGAUAUUCUACAGCCGUAAUCGAGAUCAUUAUCCUGAUCGUAGAUUCCAAGCGCCACGCGACAUUUUCCUUUAUGGCCGCGGCGGAGCGAAAAAUAUAAGCUGCGUGUAUCGAUUCGAGGGCGAGCACGACGAGAUCGUGAAGCUGCGGUUCAACAAGCUUUUGAACGGGAACAGGACGUGCCGCAGCGUCUCCAGCCCAGAUUUUAAUCGGCUCCUCUGCGUUGGAUCGGAGAACUUCUUCGUGAAGGUGCUCGAUCUUCCAUGGCCGAACGCGCCGCCCGUACAACGAGACUGCCUAUGUUCCAAUCGAUCACUGCCGAUCAACAUCAAAUCAACCUCGAACAUCGUCGAGGUGCAUUUCACCGUCAGGUCUAUGGACGCGUUGGACGACUACAAUAAUCUGUUCUUCGAGGGCAUAUGGGAAUUCGUCAAGACGAUUCCUUGCUUGCAGAAGAGGAGGGUGAGGGGGCCUUCCGGAGAAAUCAAGUACAAAGCUCCUAUAGUCGACGAGGACGAGAAAAAUUGUGAGAAGCAUCCAUGGCUGAUAGAUCCUGGACCGAAUCAAUACCUGUAUGUAAAAAUGCACGGGACGAUAAUGUCGAAUACGAGCAAAUGUGCGACGAAGAAUCGGAUCGUGGUACAUACCGGUGGCACGAUACACGUGUCGGUGUGCCCAAAACCACCUGCGGAGUCUAGACACCACGUGGUCGAAGUUUUCAGCGACGGCUGGGCCGUCAGCAGCAAUGCCAUGAUUCUGGUGCCGGGUCAGGACCCCAUCAGGACUAUAGCUAUCGAGUUUAUUAUCAAGGAACCGGAUACGUACACGGUCACUUGGCUCGAACUCACUAGAAGACCAUCGGUAACAUCGACAGCAGGGUUGCAGAUGCCACGUGAUUGCGAGCAGCGAUGUCCAGAGCUGGAUGCGUGCAUAAAUGCUUCUCUGUGGUGCGACGGAAUCUCUCAUUGUCCAUCAGGAUACGAUGAGGCUCUGACUCACUGUUCUGUCCUCUUGCAAUUGCCUCCCCUCCACUUGGGUCUUGGCCUCCUCGCCAUCAUCACGAUUCUCGCCGUCAUCAUUUUCGUGAUUUGGCGGAUCUGUAGGCAACGGACGAAUCGGUCGAUAUCGCAGCAUAGGCUGAAGAGCAUCUCCUCCGAGACGGCGAUCAUCGAUGGAAAAGAAGUGAUUUGCUGACACAGCGACAGUUCUGUGCGGUACGUCGAGGUCGACCGGGUGACCACCGUGUGACGAUCACCCACGGUCGUCCCAUUCGUCGCUCGUCGUGGCGUCGUCGCGUCCCAUUUCGUCUCCUCUUGAAGGAAAAACACGCAUCGACUUCACGACGACGUUCACCUCUACGUAACGUGCAGAACUGCUCUGAUAUACUUUAUAAGAAACCUAGACUCUGUUCUCAAAGAUGAUUCGCUGCUCGAUAACCUGGACCAUUCUUGUAUUUCUUUAUUUAUCCGAAGAGAGAGAUUUGUUAGGUGUUUGUAGAUUCGGUUUAGGAUCCUUGUUCCGUUAGGAUUCUGAAAAAUGAUGGAGAUUAGAUGAUGGAUGAGAAGAUUUGGAGAUAAGAUAUUUUGUGGAAAUAGAUCAAUAGUGUUUAUGAAAGUAAUAUUUGUUUGUAGAUUUUUUUUAGGUUAUGUACGAUGGAUAGAUGAAACAACCUAUAAUUGAAAUAUUUUGUGCUGCUAUAUGAUUUUUUAAAUUGAUUUCGAUUUUUUUUAAUUAUUGUGUUGAUGUUUUUUGUUAGUAUUUUUUCGUUUCAUUCCUUAAAUUAGGUUAAGACAGCACUGAUUUAGACACUUCGGAAUAGAUUAUUAUUUGCACCGUGAUUACAAGGCGACGUGUUCUCGAGAAUUUUUUGGUAAGAAAAUGAUCAAAUUGCUUGAUAAAAGACAAUAAGUAAUAAUGAAAGCUUAAUAAUAUCGUUUUGCUGAUAGCGUAGUUAACUUUUCGUCUCUUGUGACUAGAGAAGUCGAUUCAUCGAUAGAUCGAACGAUUAAUCGAUCGAAAUUUUGGAUCGUGGAAUAUUGGCAAAUUUAGAGGAGCCUGAGAAACUUAUUUGAACUUCGCGCUUAUUUAAAUCUAAAGAAAAGGAGAACAAGAUAAUGGUCCAUGGCAUCGAGCAAAGAACCAGCAAAAAGAAACUCGCACUACUGUCGUUCAAUCGUAUGUUGAGGUAAUCUCGACGAGGAUAGAAGACACGGUUUUAAGCACGAGCCAAUGGCUCCUCUCUCCUCCGCUUUUUCUUGCUCCCUUUGGUAAACGCGCGAGAUCCUCUGUAAAAUAAUUCGAUCGAAGUCGUGCGUUUCGGUUGAACUGUGGCUGAUUUCGUUGUGAUUAACGUGAAUUGAUAGUUGAGAUUUUCAUCUUCGAUUUUUUUCUUCGAUUUAUCUUCAUAAAGCGACUUUACCUUACGAGAACGGCAGAUAUCAUCUUUCUCGAGUUAAUAUCAGGUGGCGCCAGUAAUAAGAUAAAAGUAGGAAAAUUCAAUCUUGUUUCGAUUUUAAUUAUUAAUAGUUAUUAAUAAUUAUUAAAGUUAUACUAAUUCGUUACUAUUUCGUUAAAAUGCUCUGUAUAUAAUUUAAUUUGAAAUAUUGAAGAGGAAUUUAAAUUAACUAUAAUGUUUUAACCUCGUGUUUGGAAGAUGAAAAAUCGAUUGAAAUUUAAUCGACAUUAAUCACGAUAAAACGGCCGAAUAGGAAGUCGGAAAUUAUAGAUACUGACCAAAUGUUUCGAGUGAUUACCGUUUAGGCGACUUAAUAAUACUGUCACACACUAGAUGUAAGACGACUUCGGGAAGAACGAGUACGAAGAAAAUGACGUAGAAAUAUGGUAGCCUGAAAUUAUGUGAUAUAUAUAACGCUGUUUUCUACGGAGCUGUGCUCCGUUUAAUAAUGAUUGUUACAUCUUGGCAGGAGGGGUCGUCGACGACGAGAAUCGAUAAAAGGGAGGAAGUGUCAAUUUUUUUUUUUUUUUUUUUGACUGCGCGAAAUUGGCGCCACGACGAUACCCAAAGCCGUAACUUGUACACCAUGUUUAUACUUGUACAUAAUUGAUUAUUUAUCUAUUUGUAUCGGAUAAUAUGACACGUACGUGCAUGUGUCUUCGUUCGCAGCUACGUUUCAUCACACUUUGAAGUUCAAAAUUUAUUUAAUAAUAAUCGUAACAAAGUUGAAAUAUCAUAAAUUUGAAAAUUUAAAUCUGAAUAUUUUAAAUUUAAAGAUCAAUAAUUUCUUCUUAAUCUUGAAAAUAAACACUUCGAAUCUCUGGAAUAAACCGUAAUUUUUCAGAUUUUGCUUCGAAUAUCAUUUUUUCGCAAUCACUGCGAACGAAGGCUCGUUCCAAAACUGCUUUACUACUAGCCGAUAAGCGUAGAACUCACGAAGCGCAGAAGCAUAAACGAAACGAGCAAAUUCGAGGCGAAACGAAGGGAACCAGAAGCAAAGCCAAGAAACACGAUCGAAGAAAAAAUAAACCAAUGACCGGUCAGCUAACUGAAAGCACCGCCAUUAUAUUUUUGCUGUGUUCAGCGUGUACGUCAACCGUAUUGUUCGAAAAAUAACCUACGGGAUGUCUACGGAACGAAAGCUACAGUCAACUGUAGAUCAACAACUGACCCUCCAUUAUACAUUGAUGAAAAAGACAAUCGUUAAAGUAUUCGUGUUCGAACCGCACUUUUUUCAAUUUUAUUAAUUCCGCUUUCAAACGAACCGCCCACCAGCGGCAGCUAUAUUGGCGACCUUUAUCGAGCAAUGGCUAUCACUGUGCGAAGAAUAUUCAACAAACGAAACGAAAAAUCAAAAAUAACAUUUCUAAGUGAUCGUUCGAUUUUCCAAGCGUAUAAUUAAUUUAGGUCUAUAAGUCGUUCGAAACAUUUUAUAGUAUAAUAAUAAAAAUAAUUUCGAGAAAUUUCUUCGCAUAGAAGGCGCCACCGACGCUCGACAUCUCCACGAACGAAUCAAGAUGGACAGCAAUAGAUGGAAAAAGGAGAAGGGAUUUUUUCGUCGAAUUGUCACCGAAUUUCGUCCUUACGAGAAGACUUGUCUAUACAUGUGCAUUUUUUAUUUCGUAAUAACGUUGAUUAAGGUUAAUUCGCCACGUUCUCUGUACGUUCCGCUCGAUGUAAAUCGAUAUUUAUGUAUAUAUACGAUUCGAUCGAUAUCGAUACGAUCGAUAAUCUCGCUCGAGAACGAACUCGUGCAACGAAUCACCUUGUCUUCGCAAUAUUUUCCAUUUUUCAAUGUGUGAUCCGUGUUUCUUGUGUUGCGGGGACCAAUAGUAUCGUUGGAUUCAACCUGAAAAAUGAGAAAGAAAAAUAACCUUUCUUUAUUCUUGGUUAUUCAAUUUGCAGAUCCCGCGAUACAUUUCCAGAGAAUCGAAGACUGAUGCUUUUAGUUUCGUGUUUUAUCGUGUUGCUCUUACGACGAAAGUGUUGCGUGAUAUCGGUUCACUGCCAUUUCCUUUAUUUUAUGGACCAUAACCAUAUGUUUCUCGAAAGAUUCGGUCGACCAGUGAAACGUGGACAUCAUCGAUCGUGAAGACAUAAAUUAUCGAAUAAAAAAAAAAGAAAGAAAUAAACAAUCAAAAAAAGGCUGCCAAAGAAGAGAUAAUCAUUCUUAAUAUAAUCGAAAUUUCAUCCGUAUUUACAUCUCUUACAAUAAAUGUCUUAUUUGUAUCAAAUGUUUAUUGAAAUAGCAAUAAUACAACAGAAGAAUAAAGAAGGAAAAGACAAAGAGAAAAGAAGAAAUAUACAAAAGAAUCAAAUUUAAUAGAGAGAUAAAAAAGAAUCAGCAGGUUGAAAAGGAAAAAGACAAACAUUUCGCUUAUGAAUAAUAUGUUUGAUUUAUUAUUGGACGAUCGCUCACGGCCGAGUUCUCGUUUUUGGAUUCCAUCUGUUCCCAUCGAAGAAUCCUGAAAAAAUCACACGGACAGAACAAAAUACAAAGAAGUCGUGUGCUCACCAACGAUAGGUCUAAAAAGUUAAGAAACGGCACGGUUCUCUUUUUCCCUCGAGCGUGACGUUGACGAGUCAAGAUAUAUAACGACGAAGCGAUCACUGUCAGAUGCCUGAGGCUUGCGCCGAUGCUGUGCCUCGUGGUUUUGUCAAUUUCCGACGUGCAACUUCGUUCAUCGAAAUCGAUAAUUUUUCGUCGAGUUUUUUUUUUUGUCUUUCUCUUAUAUAUUUUUAUUUUAUUUUUCAUUACUAUGGUUUCUUUGAUUAUUCGAUAAAUAAUAAUCUUGAUCGCUUUAAAAUAUUUUAGUAAUCUUUUAAAAAAAAUUGAAUGGGUAUUUAGAAAAAAAGCAUAUAUUAGAAAUUUUAUAUGAGAAUAAGUGUUUCUAUGGAACAAGUUCAGAGAAAAUUUUGACUGAAGUUACUUCGUCAAAUUAAUAAUUGGAUAAUUUAUUAUUUAAACAUAGAAUAAUCAUAAUUAACUGUAGUAUCCAAGUUAAAUUAUUACUUAGAUUAACUUUAUUCGAAAUUUUAAUUAGUUUAAUUAAUUUUUCAAUCCCUUAGUGGAUCAACAAAGUGCUUUUGCAAAAUUUCUAAUAUUUAAUUAUAAAAGAUUUAACUAUAAAAGAAACUAAAAGAGAAUGACAGUGACGAAAAAAUAUUACUUGUUUUUUUCAUUGCUAACAAUAAAAGAAAUAAUUUCCUUUAUAAAUUUUACGAAAUAUAAUCUUCUUUCUAAAUACCUAUUCGAUUAAUUCUAACGAUCAGGCAACGAUUCAAAAGGAUAAAAAUCGAAUAAUUUGUAGAAACGAUUCUUCGAACUUUUUAAAUGAAAAUCGAAAGAAAUGAAUGAGGUUUUGCGCGAGGAAAAAAUACGUUCUCCCAAAUGGAAGCACGUUGUUCACAUGUGCACGAAGUAAAGGUUUAUUGGCAAGAUUUGUAUCCGAUACACAAAGCACAGUGCAAUUUAUCGGUGAACCUUUAUUGACGUUGCGCAUGAAAACACGAGUCUCGUGUUUAGAGACACCCGCAGAACGAUGGCCAUCGGCCGUAGAAUCGACGACAAAUCAAACCCUGGUGUCCUUUGGACAACAUGCUGGCACCACUGCAUUUCACUAUCGAUUCGAGCGAUUUCGCGAAUUGUACAAUUAUAUUGGUUUAACUUUUGUCCAUAUUUCUUUGUUCUCGAAGGAUGACAGGAUUGAAAUUCCUUUGUUUCUAAAAGACAGCGGUGGUGGAACACAGGAAGAAAAACAUUCGAAAGAACAAUGAAACUUGUGUGCACAAAUUUUUUCUCAAAUUUUCAGGUCGGUGAGUUUUCAAUCGUGUUCUACUUUCUUUAAUUACAAACGUGAUUAAUCGUAAUUUUUAACAUUAUUAAUUUUUCGAAAAUUAUUAAUUUUCGUCGCGGUUACGGGCCAAUGGCAUGUGUGAAUGGGUGUUCGUAUGUAAAUAAGAUUAUGAGCGACUCGAUUGUAAAUAAAACGUAAAAUACACAUGUAUCGAGUUUUAAAUAAUUCUAGAUCACGAUCUAAGUUAAACGAAUAACUAUGUAGACGAUUAGAAGUUAAUUACGAAUUAUAAAAUCAUAUCCAUGAACGCGCUGAUAUUGAAUGAAAGGAAAGUCGAUUAUCGAAAUAAUUAUUUACAUGCCUCUUAUUUCAACGACGCGUGUUUAUUAAAUUAUUAAUUUAAAUUUUAAAUAUUAACGCAUAUACACAAAUAUUUAUUUUUUAUCGUCACGUAAUCGAUCGAUCGAUCAAAUUCCCGUAAUUAAUUUCGCUAUUUUUAUUUUUAAUUAAUAAUUUUUAAUGCCAAAGAAAAAUAAUUAUAGGAAAAAGUGCUUGUUAAUUAAAAUUUAAUCAAUAAUUAUUAAAGUUCUUCGUUGAAACUAUAUAAACGAGGACAAACGAAAAUAUGAUAAGAGGCUGAAUAUGAACGACUUCCAGUAGAUGCGCGUUUAAAUGAAGAAAAAUUUACGCGGUUCUAUGUACAUAAAUAAGCGUAAAUGUUACCGAAGCGAUAAUUAUGAAAAUUAAGAAAGCACAAGACGAUUAAGUUUAAUAAUCAUUUCUCGACAAACUGUUGUACGUAAAAAAAGAAAAGAAACGAACGAAUGCGAUCGUAAAAUAGAGGGAAGAAAAAAUCAAGAAGGACGAUAUAACGUAAAGAGAAAGUUUAUAAAAUUCUGUGAACUAAUUUAUACAGCGUUUAAUCUCAGGCCUGUCCACAUAUAGAAAUCUCAAAUCGAUUAUUCUUCGCUAUAGUAAAGAAAAAUAGAGUAGAACAGCGUAAAAAUAAUCAUAUCGUAUAGUCGAUACUUUAGAGGAUAAAUUUACAGUACAAAAUAAGAAAAGAAAAAGGAAUAAAAGCAACGCUAGUCAAAGAGAUAAUUAUAGCUCCAUCUAUGUAUGGUACUGCUGAACUAAACUUAAUUCCCUAAUUAGAAUAAUAUCAUUUUCUCUCAUUUUGUGCUCUAACUUUGUUCAUUGAAGAAUCGAUAUAUAAUUAACGAAUUAUCUAUGCAUUUUCUAUACUAUAAUAAGUAUAGAAAGAAGAUAUGGAAUCCGGAAGAAUAUAUCCGGUGAGCAGGCCUGGUUUAUCUAGUGACACAGAAGUUGCGUGAGUUCCGAACUCUUCCCGAAGACUGCCGAAAACGCUUAUUAUUUGAAACGCUUCGGCGUCCCGCAAUAAUUAUCAUUCCAAGUGGUAAAAAAUAAGUAACUAUCGCUUUCUCUAUCAUCAUUUUUCACAUUGAAUCAUAUUUAAUACUUAUCGAUAUCAUAUUUCGUCGGUAAAUUGUACUACAGUCGGUAAAUCGUUGAUACGACAUUCUUUUUUUUUACUUCGUAUAUUAAAUAAUCUAUCUUUCGUUUCUAUUCUUUUUUCUAUUUUAUAAAUAUUUUCUACCGUAUUUUUAAAAUAUUUCCACUUUAAACCAAUCAAACAUUUAAUAUAAUAUUACCGACUGUUAAUAUUUGAUACAACUUUUAAUUUCGAAGUUUUAGAUGCAUUUAUAUUUAUUACAGAUAUAUUCACUUUUAUCGUUCUUUUUUUUUAUGCACAAUGAUACUUUUCUUUUUAUUCGUUCAACUGUUUGCACUCGAAUUGUUCGAAAACUCACUCUAAUAGAUUUUAGAUUGUUCCUCAAUUUUUCUUUUAUAAAUUAUUCACAGCACGAAAUCGCAAAAAAAAAGAAAAGAACAUACACUCAAUACCUCGAGAUAGCGAAACUCUCGAUUUCUGACACUAUUAUUGCAAGAAAAUAAUCAUAAACAAAAGAAUGCAUUAUGAUAUAAGAAUAAAUUAUUAAAUUAAUGGUGAGCGAAAUGGAAUCAAGAACAGGCCCGACAAUAACAUAUGUGCGCAUGCGCUCGUGCACUAUACAACUUUACGAAAUUGAAUAUUACAUAAAAAAAAUAUUAAUAGAUGCGUCUGUCAGGCCAAUGACAUUUAUUAAAUGCAAAAAUAGUAUUUUAACGAUUUAAUAAAAUUUUCAAUGGGAUAUUAUUAACAAAUUGAAUAAUACUAUUGUGGAAUUUAAGAUGAAAACGUAAUAAUUUAAUUAUACUCUCAUGAUAUAAAUAUAUUGAUUAUGUGAGUUAAUGACCAUAUAUCGUUUGGCCUGAAGGACUCUUCUAGGAUGGUUAAUGAAACUGAUGAAGGAUCGGAUUUUAUCGCCAGACGUAAAAAAAUUUCAACAGAACCUCCGGAAAUAUGCUCACAUGACAUCCAUAUAGUUACUAAUUAUACCAUUAUUGAUUACCGAUUCGAAUAUCGAGUAUGCAACAUUUUUAAUAAAUUAUUUUGAAGAUUG